UAUCCUCGUCAUUAGCUGCAUGCAUUGUCUUUUGUGGUAGCUAGCUAACAACAAAAACGUUAUAUUUCUGAGCUAGGUAGCACAUUCCCUAUUAAUCUAGCUGAGCUAGGUCAUAAUGAGUGUAGCAUUUAGCAAAGAGCCCCGUAAGACGGCGGGGAACCGCAUGUCUAAGUUAUUAGAUGCUGAAGAAGAAGAUGAAUUCUACAAGACCACAUACGGCGGAUUCAACGACGUAAGUAGCUACUUUAGCUGGCUAGCUGUCGCGUCGCAGUAGUGAUCGGGAAACGAAGCUUACCGUAACAAUGGAGCUAGCACUACACAGUCCCCAGAUCACAGGAUUUGGAAGAGAUGGUCCGCUUUCUAAAUUCAGGGGGUUUCUACUUCAGCUGCAGUGUUUUCAUUUCAAGAGACAGAGAAUAGAGUAGGGACGUCAAACGUUCAUCCUGCUGCUGCACAGACCCCCUGGUUAAAUUGUGCAUAGGAGCAUUAUUUACAUCUCUAAAUGGUUUAACUACUGAGUGAGGAAUAUGUGAUUAUUUAACAAAUCUGUGAGUUUGCUUCAUUCACUAUCAUCCUAAAUUAAGAUAUUUAAUUAUUUUUCCAUAUCUGAGUGUAGAAAACUUAAGGACACCUUCCUAAUAUUGAGUGGCACCCCCGUUUGCCAUCAGAACAGCCUCAAUUCGUUGGGCAUGGACUACAAGGUGUCGAAAGCGUUCCACUUAAUGCUGGCCCAUGUUGACUCCAAUGCUUCCCACAGUCGUGUCAAGUUGGCUGGUGAACCAUUCUUGAUACACAUGGGAAACUGUUGAGGGUUGCAGUUCUUCAAACAAAGAUACUUUUGUAUUUUAUUUAACUCUUCUCAUUUACAGCAACGACCUGAGGAAUAGUUACAGGGGAUAGGAAUUAGCCAAUUGGAAGCUGGGGAUGAUUAGGUGGCCAUAAUGGUAUGAGGGCCGGAUUGGGAAUUUAGCCAGGACACCGGGGUUAACACCACUACUCUUAAAAUAAGUGCCAUGUGAUCUUUAGUGACAGGGCCUAAAAUGAACUGUUUGGUCCACCAGCCACUGUGGCAGGUAGAUAAAAAAAAAAAAUCUAAUAUUUUUGUUUUGCAGUAAUACAUUUAAAAAACGAUGCCAUGGUUAAUUUUUAAUAACAAAAAAAGUUUUAGUAAGCAGUAAUGUGGUGUAUUGCUCAAUUUCAUAAAAAUGUGACCCGAGUCUUUUUUAAUCAAAAUAUCAGAGACAAAAUGUUCAGCUUCUCCUUUAAGGGCAGAAGGUUACUGUGGUAACAGGGCUACUGGAGUCCUGUCCUGUGUGUGUGUGUGUGUGUGUGAGAGAGAGAAGGGAUCUGACUAGGAUGUCUAUAAGUUGAAGCAGCAGACUCAAACUAAUGUUGAAAAACAACUGAGCUUGUGAACAAAACAAUGUACACUACCGGUCAAAAGUUUAGAACACCUGCUCAUUCAAGGGUUUUUCUUUAUUUUGCUAUUGUCUACAUUGUAGAAUAACAGUGAAGACAUCAAAACUACGAAAUAAUGCAUAUGGAAUCAUGUAGUAGCCAAAAAAGUGUUUUAUAUUUGAGAUAUAAAAGCAACCCUUUUGCCUUGAUGACAGCUUGGCAUUCUCUCAACCAGCUUCACCUGGAAUGCUUUUGCAACAGUCUUGAAGGAGUUCCCAUAUAUGCUGAGCACCUGUUGGCUGCUUUUCCUUCACUCUCCGGUCCGACUCAUCCCAAACCACCUCAAUUUGGUUGAGGUUGGGGGAUUGUGGAGGCCAGGUCAUCUGAUGCAGCACCUCAUCACUCUCCUUCUUGGUAAAAUAGCCCUUACACAGCCUGGAGGUGUGUUGGGUCAUUGUCCUGUUGGAAAGCAAAUGAUAGUCCCACUAAGCCCAAACAAGAUGGGAUGGCGUAUUGCUGCAGAAUGCUGUGGUAGCCAUGCUGGUUAAGUGUGCCUUGAAUUCUAAAUAAAUCACAGUGUCACCAGCAAAACAGUGGAGAUGCGGAGAUCAUCCGUUCACCCACACCGCGUCUCACAAAGACACGGCGGUUGGAACCAAAAAUCUCACAUUUGGACUCCAGACGAGGACAUAUUUCCACCUGUAUAAUGUCCAUUGCUCGUGUUUCUUGGCCCAAGCAAGUCUCUUCUUCUUAUUGGUGUCCUUUAGUAGUGGUUUCUUUGCAGCAAUUUGACCAUGAAGGCCUAAUUCACACAGUCUCCUCUGAACAGUUGAUGUUUAGAUGUCUGUUACUUGAACUCUGUGAAGCAUUUAUUUGGACUGCAAUUUCUGACGAUGGUAACUCUAAUUAACUUAUCCUCUGCAGCAGUGGUAACUCUGGGUCUUCCAUUCCUGUGGCGUCCUCAUGAGAGCCAGUUGCAUCAUAGCGCUUUAUGGUUUUUGCGACUGCACUUGAAGAAACGCUCAAAGUUCUUGAAAUGUUCCCGUAUUGACUGACCUUCAUGUCUUAAAGUAAUGAUGGACUGUCGUUUCUAUUUGCUUAUUUGAGCUGUUCUUGCCAUAAUAUGGAUUUGGUCUUAUACCAAAUAGGGCUAACUUCUGUAUACCACCCCUACCUUGUCACAACACUACUGAUUGGCUCAAACGCAUUAAGAAGGAAAGAAAUUCCACAAAUUAACUUUUAAGAAGGCGCACCUGUUAAUUGAAAUGCAUUCCAGGUGACUACCUCAUGAAGCUGGUUGCGAGAAUGCCAAGAUUGUGCAAAGCUGUCAUCAAGGCAAAUGGUGGCUACUUUGAAGAAUCUCAAAUAUAAAAUAUAUUUUGAUUUGUUUAACAUAUUCCAUAUGUGUUAUUUCAAAGUUUUGAUAUCUUCACUAUUAUUCUACAAUGUCGAAAAUAGUAAAAAUUAAGAAAAACCCUUGAUUAAGUAGGUGUGUCAACUUUUGACUGGUUAUGUAUGUAUGUGUGUGUAUAUAUUUGUGUAUAUGCUAAAUUACUUUAAAAAAUAAAAAAGUGUGUAUGUAUGUGUAUAUAUAUAUAUAUAUACACAUACACAGUGAGGGGAAAAAAGUAUUUGAUCCCCUGCUGAUUUUGUACGUUUGCCCACUGACAAAGACAUGAUCAGUCUAUAAUUUUAAUGGUAGGUUUAUUUGAACUGUGAGAGACAGAAUAACAACAAAAAAAUCCAGAAAAACGCAUGUCAAAAAUGUUAUAAAUUGAUUUGCAUUUUAAUGAGGGAAAUAAGUAUUUGACCCCUCUGCAAAACAUGACUUAGUACUUGGUGGCAAAACCCUUGUUGGCAAUCACAGAGGUCAGACGUUUCUUGUAGUUGGCCACCAGGUUUGCACACAUCUCAGAAGGGAUUUUGUCCCACUCCUCUUUGCAGAUCUUCUCCAAGUCAUUAAGGUUUCGAGCCUGACGUUUGGCAACUCGAACCUUCAGCUCCCUCCACAGAUUUUCUAUGGGAUUAAGGUCUGGAGACUGGCUAGGCAAACUUCAGACGGGCCUGUAUAUGUGCUUUCUUGAGCAGGGGGACCUUGCGGGCGCUGCAGGAUUUCAGCCCUUCACGGCGUAGUGUGUUACCAAUUGUUUUCUUGGUGACUAUGGUUCCAGCUGCCUUGAGAUCAUUGACAAGAUCCUCCCGUGUAGUUCUGGGCUGAUUCCUCACCGUUCUCAUGAUCAUUGCAACUCCACGAGGUGAGAUCUUGCAUGGAGCCCCAGGCCGAGGGAGAUUGACAGUUGUUUUGUGUUUCUUCCAUUUGCGAAUAAUCUUACCAACUGUUGUCACCUUCUCACCAAGCUGCUUGGCGAUGGUCUUGUAGCCCAUUCCAGCCUUGUGUAGGUCUACAAUCUUGUCCCUGACAUCCUUGGAGAGCUCUUUGGUCUUGGCCCUGGUGGAGAGUUUGGAAUCUGAUUGAUUGAUUGCUUCUGUGGACAGGUGUCUUUUAUACAGGCAACAAACUGAGAUUAGGAGCACUCCCUUUAAGAGUGUGCUCCUAAUCUCAGCUCGUUACCUGUAUAAAAGACACCUGGGAGCCAGAAAUCUUUCUGAUUGAGAGGGGGUCAAAUACUUAUUUCCCUCAUUAAAAUGCAAAUCAAUUUAUAACAUUUUUGACAUGCGUUUUUCUGGAUUUUUUUGUUGUUAUUCUGUCUCUCACUGUUCAAAUAAACCUACCAUUAAAAUUAUAGACUGAUCUUUUCUUUGUCAGUGGGCAAACGUACAAAAUCAGCAGGGGAUCAAAUACUUUUUCCCUCACUGUAUGGGAGAUUCUGGAGCGGCGCCUGAGACUGCGUUUUCCACCUCCAUCAACAAAAUACCAAAUGAUGGAAUUUCUUGUGGAAGAAUGGUGUCCCAUCCCUCCAAUAGAGUUCCAGACACUUGUAGGAUCUAUGCACUCACUGGACAGUUUUUUUUUUUUAGGUACACCAAUCAAGUACCCUUUACCUCCAGAACAGCCUGAAUUCUUCGGGGCAUGGAUUCUACAAGUCGGAAACAUUCCACAGGGAUGUUGGUUCACGCUGACAUGAUGGCAUCACGCAGUUGCUGCACAUUGGACAGUGGUAUACCACUGCCACCAGCCUGUAACGUUGAGAACAGGCAGGAUGGGUCCAUGGGCUCAUGCUGCCUACUCCAAAUCCUGACUCUGCCAUCAGCAUGACGCAACAGGAACCGGGAUUCGUUGGACCAGACGAUGUUUGUCCACUCCUCAAUUGUCCAGUGUUGGUGAUCGCGUGCCCACUGGAGCCGCUUCUUCUUGUUUUUAGUUGAUAGGAGUGGAACCUGGUGUGGUCGUCUGCUGCAAUAGCCCAUCCGUGACAAGGAUUGACGAGUUGUGCGUUCCGAGAUGCCUUUUGUGGCCCGCCUGUUAGCUUGCACGAUUCUUGCCAUUCUCCUUUGACCUCUCAUCAACUAGCUGUUUUCGCCCACAGGACCGCCGCUGACUGGAUGUUUGUUUGUUUGUCGCACCGUUCUCGGUAAACCCUAGACGCUGUCGUGCAUUAAAAGCCCAGGAGGGUGGCUGUUUCUGAGAUACUGGAUCUGGCGUGCCUGGCACCGAUGGUCAUACCACGCUCAAAGUCGCUUAGGUUACUCGUUUUGCCCAUUCUAACGUUCAAACGAAUGGUAACUGGAUGCCUCGAUGCCUGUCUGCCUGCUUUAUAUAGCAAGCCACGGCCACGUGACUCACUGUCUUUAGGAGCUACCUUUUUUCAUGAACAGGGUGGUGUACCUUAUAAACUGGCAUGUGUGAUUAUUUAUAUUUGUUGAACGAACAGCUGAUCGAAUGACCACAAUGCAGCAGCACACAGGCUAGGAACCUCUAACCCUGGCAAUUGUACUGGUUAAGUCAUGGCUACGCUCGUGAUGCAAUAAUUUCAAUGGUAAUGUAGAAUGUUAAUUCAAAUGAUAACUGAUUUAGCUCAUGCAAUGUAAUGUAUUUUUUGUAAUGUGAAUCAAGAAAUCACAGCACAUAUUUUAGCACAUAUUUUACUUCCUGUUUUGCUCAUAUGGGUACACUCGCAAUGGCCACCAGUCCACCCAUUAUGCCAUUGUCGUGGAAAUUCUACACAGGGACACUCGAAGUCAAUCUUAAAUGAAUCAUUCUUUAUUAUCAGCACGCUGGAGAGGUUCCAACCAACUCAAUGUACACAUGUCGAUCAGGAGCUCUCCCGGGGCAGUCCUGUUAGUUAGGGUUAGGGUUAUAUUUGCAUGAUUUAGCUCAUUUAUAAUUAAUUCAUCAUUAACGUUUGCUUCAUUCAUGUGACCGACCAAUACUGGUUCAUGCAUGUCAGACCAAUACCCCACAAGGCUUUUUCUCUCUAAGCUGAGACCUCGAAACUGAGAUCUUUCGUUCUCAAAACAAGGUUCAAGGCAUACUGCAAAAUUGCAGAUGCUGAUAGAGAGAAUUCGUUCAAUCAGUCACUUGCAUGAACACAGAUAUUGGUUAUUAGAAAAGCACAAACAUAAGCAUUUGCCCAUUCACGUUCAAUUUAGCAACAUAUAGCUACAAAGGACAGAUGUGAGUAUACAGCAAACGUUUCAAAACGGACAUUCCUUAGACUACAGAACGAUUUAAAGCACUUAGGCCUAAUGCAGGCGUGUCAAACUCAUUUUGCCCCGGGGCCGCAUUCGGUCUUCAACAAGGUCCGGAGGGUCGCACUGAAAAUGUAGAUAUUUCUCUCUUGAGCUUAUUUCUACUAGCUGGCAUGCAUAAAGAUGGCGGCCUCAAUGCACUUACUUGUUUGCUUUCUUUGCCGUAUUGUAGCUUGCCCUCUGGUUCUCUGUUUUUGUAACUGCAUUAGCAAAGAGUAUGUAUGCUCCCAAUUAUAACUCCUGGACACCGGCAAUUUAAAAAACUUUAAGUAGAAUGUGUUGCUUUAUGGGUGCAUUUGUACCAUGUAAAAAAUUUAAAAUAAAUGUAUUCGGCCAUGCUUGUUCCCAAUUCGCUAUCGACCAUUAUUAAUAUGUAUGUUUGAUUUGGACUCUCCCUCAAGGAAUCAGGAGAUGAUGAGUACAGAGGGGAGCACUCGGACACAGAGGACGAGGUCGACAGUGACUUUGACAUAGAUGAGGGUGACGAGCCUGAUAGUGACCAGGAGGAGGAUGCUCCUCGCAGGAAGAGUCGAGUUGUCACCAAAGCUUAUAAGGUAACUUAAUGCACUUGCAUCCUCACUACUUCUACCGAACAUCCACAAUAAUGUGCACCCCUGGGGGACCUCAGAAACAGGCUUGAAGAACACUAGUAUAAAGAAAGGCUCUUUACUAUGCUCUGCUGAGAAAACAAAGUAGACCUUUUCAAAACCAGUUCCAGUGAAAGGCAGUGCCAAUAUUUUGACAAUAGGACUUAUCAGGAUGAGCUAACUUAACAGUGAGUGUGCUAACUCAGCGAACAUAGGCGAUCCAUUUUACCUUGUUGAAUCAUGUUUACUGUGAGCUACCAUUUCUUUUAAAUCAUAAAGUGUUGAUAACCACUAGACUACAACUAAAAGUUCAUAUUGGAUCACUCCAUAUUGAAUUAAUAACCUUUUGAUUUUAACAAAAAUUCCCAUGCACAUUUACCCAUGAGAGAAAUGGCUAGAAUCAGGGCCACGUUAUGCCUAACAGACUUUAGCAAACCCAUUGAUAGAACAUCAUCUUGGCAUAAAACUCCAGUAUGACCAUCCAUUCAAGAGCAGAAGAUGCUCAAAGUUAACCCAUUUUGGACCCGCUACCCUACCAUGAGACAUCAAUAUCCUCAUCAUUGAUAUGCAUAGUUUGAUUUUGCUAUCGUUUUUAGGGCUUACCCAAUUCGGUUGGUCGACCAAGAUUUAUUUUAGUCGAGCAGUAGCCAAAAAACAAAAUAUCAUGGUGUACAAGACACCUGUCUUAUACGCGCCUGUCUGAGUGGACUGAUCCAUUGUGGAGGCCGUGGGGAUGGCACAGUCCAUCAGUCUAAGACAUUGAAAUUGUAUAUGGUUAUAUUACCUACAGUGUAUUCAGACCCCUUCAGGUUUUCCACAUUUAGUUACGUUACAGCCUUAUUUUAAAAUUGAUUAAAUUGUUUUUUUUCCCUCAAAUCUACACACAUUACCCCAUAAUGACAAAGCAAAAAUAGGUUUUUUGAAUUGUAGCAACAACAAAAAAAUAAACAAAAAAAUACAUAUGUAAAUGUGAUAAGUAUUCAGACCCUUUACUCAGUACUUUGUUGAAGCAAUUACAGCCUCGAGUCUUCUUGGGUAUGACGCUACAAGCUUGGCACACCUGUAUUUGGGGAGUUUCUCCCAUUCUUCUCUGCAGAUCAACUCAAGCUCUGUCUGGUUGGACAGGGAGCAUCGCUGCACAGCUAUUUUCAGGUCUCUCCAGAGAUGUUCAAGUCCGGGCUCUGGCUGGGCCACUCAAGGACAUUCAGAGACUUGUCCCAAAGCCACACCUGUGUUGUCUUGGCUGUUUGCUUAGGGUCGUUGUCCUGUUGGAAAGUAAACCUGCGCCCCAGUCUGAGGGCCUGAGCGCUAGGUUUGAAAAAAUUCAAAAAACCUGUUUUCGCGUUGUCAUUAUGGGGUAUUGUAUGUAGAUUGAUGAGGAAAAUACUUUAUUUAUUCCAUUUUAGAAUAAGGCUGUAACGUAACAAAAUGUGAAAAAGUGAAGGGGUUUGAAUACUUUCCGAGUGCACUAUAGGAUGUCAAUAUAUGGAAAAAUACAAGUUUUACAAUUUGGUCAAAAGAACGGACUCUUGGUCAACCAAGUUUUUUUCUUUGUUGGGGACAGCCUUAAUCAUUUUAGAUAAUGCAAUUUAUGAAAAGUGAGAUUUAUCAAAGUAUGAACUUCCGAGGUGAAUGGACUUGAAUAUAUUUUGUGGGUUUUGCAUGCAUUUUUCAUACACAUGUUGAUAGAUGAGGCCAAGUGUUUGUAAAAAUAAUAAAUGUUUUAUUCCAAGGAACCUCUGAAGGUGACUAAGCCUAAACCAAAGAGGCCCUCAGAGGAGCUGAAGAAGACUGAGAAAGCCAAAGUGGAGAGGAGGGCACCGCAAGAGUUUCAGGAGUUUGGAGAGAGUAAGAGGCCUCUAUCUGUACGGGCUUUAUUUUCAGCUAAGUUAAAUUUAAAUGUUUUCCUCAUCAAUAUACACACAAUACCCCAUAAUGACAAAGCGAAAACAGGUUUUUUGAAAUUUGUGCAAAUGUAUUUACAUAAGUAUUCAGACCCUUUGCUAUGAGACUCGAAAUUGAACUCAGGUGCAUCCUGUUUCCAGUGAUCAUCCUUGAGAUGUUUCUGCAACUUGAUCGGAGUCCACCUGUGGUAAAUUCAAUUGAUUGGACAUGAUUUGGAAAGGCACACACCUGUCUAUAUAAGGUCCCACAGUUGACAGUGCAUGUCAGAGCAAAAACCAAGCCAUGAGGUCGAAGGAAUUGUCCGUAGAGCUCCGAGACAGGAUUGUGUCGAGGCACAGAUCUGGGGAAGGGUACCAAAACAUUUUUGCAGCAUUGAAGGUCCUCAAGAACACCGUGGCCUCCAUCAUUCUUAAAUGGAAGAAGUUUAGAACCACCAAUGUGGGACCAAUAAAAUUUGAUUUGAUUUGGAAUAUUCUUCCUAGAGCUGGCCGCCCGGCCAAACUGAGCAAUCGGGGGAGAAGGGCCUUGGUCAGGGAGGUGACCAAGAAACCAAUGGUCACUCUGUCAGAGCUCCAGAGUUCCUCUGUGGAGAUGGGAGAACCUUCCAGAAGGACAACCAUCUCUGCAGCACUCCACCAAUCAGGCCUUUAUGGUAGUGGCCAGACGGAAGCCACUCCUCAGUAAAAUGCACAUGAUAGCCCGCUUGGAGAUUGCCAAAAGCACGUAAAGGACUCUGACCAUGAUUCUCUGGUCUGAUGAAACCAAGAUUGAACUCUUUGACCUGAAUGCCAAGCGUCACGUCUGGAGGAAACCUGGCACCAUCCCUACGGUGAAGCGUGGUGGCAGCAUCAUGCUGUGGGGAUGUUUUCAGUGGCAGGGACUGGGAGACUAGUCAGGAUCGAGGGAAAGAUGAACGGAGCAAAGUACAGAGAGAUCCUUGAUGAAAACAUGCUCCAGAGCGCUCAAGACCUCAGACUGGGGCGACAGUUCACCUUCCAACAGGACAACGACCCUAAGCACACAGCCAAGACAACACAGGAGUGGCUUCGGGACAAGUCUCUGAAUGUCCUUGAGUGACCCAGCCAGAGCCCGGACUUGAACCCGAUCGAAUAUAUCUGGAGAGACCUGAAAAUAGCUGUGCAGCGACGCUCCCCAUCCAACCUGACAGAGCUUGAGAUGAUCUGCAGAGAAGAAUGGGAGGAACUCCCCAAAUACAGGUGUGCCAAGCUUGUAGCGUCAUACCCAAGAAGACUCAAGGCUGUAAUCGCUGCCAAAGGUGCUUCAACAAAUUACUGAGUGAAGGGUCUGAAUACUUAUGUAAAUGUGAUAUUUCCGUUAUUUUUUUUUUUUAUACAUUUGCAAACAUUUCGAAAUACCUGUUUUUGCUUUUUUAUUAUGGGGUAUUGUGUGUAGAUUGAUGAGGGGGGGGUGGGAACGAUUUAAUCAAUUUUAGAAUAAGGCUGUAACGUAACAAAAUGUGGAAUAAGUGAAGGGGUUUGAAUACUUUCCGGAUGCACUGUAAAUUCAGCUUUCGAUGAUGGCUAUUUAACUUGGUAUCGCUCUACGAUAUAUUUUUUUACACGAGCAAUGUAGUAUGCUGCAGCAAGGGAUUUAAAAAAUGUAACUUUUGAAUGCCAAGAACUCUAUUAAAAUCAUCAACCUUUUUUUAUGCAAUUUCCAUGUAUUGCAUCCCCUAAGCUAUAGCAUCAUGUGGCAUUGCAAAAUAUACUAUUGCGUUUGGUUUGUCAAUGUAGCAUAACAUAAGUUCAAUAAUUGUAAAAAGCAAUGACUCUUUCCUCAGGGUAUGUUUAAUGCUGUUGCCACACUUAAAGCUACAGUAUGGGAUCCAAAGAAAAAACAAAAACGGCCACCCUGCCACUUGCUGAGGGGUGUGACUUGUAUUUUGACAUGCAUAUAUUUUGGGUUCAAUUAGGGUAAGACAAUUGUACUCAAAAGGCAUUUAUAAGUUAUAUUCUUCAAGAAUCAAUGGCUUUAAGAAUCAUUCAUUUAAAAGUUCUGAAAUGGAUGGACCAAUCGCAGAUUGUAGCUUUAAAUAAUCUCAAGAAAGGAAAGUGAAAUAAUUGUCUAAAGUAUGUGCUGUUGUCUCUUAAUGGGAUGUUCCAGUCAAAAUUCAACCUAACAUGAUUUUUUCCACUGUCCUUCGCUGUAGACGAUUCCUCGACUGUUUCUAGGUAUUUAAGUCAUAUUGUAUGUUGUCAGUAUCCCUUUCUGAAAAAUGUGGCUACAUUAAAUUUGUGAAAAUAGUCAUAUGUAAGAACACAUAGUAAGAAAUGGUACAGGGCACACUCGGGACAAAAGACUCAUAGCAUGCAACAUAACUUGGUGGAACUUGCAGCUGGAUGGAACUUGCUAUGGGUUAUGGGGAUCACAGAAUUCCAUCCAGGAGGGAACAGCCAAUUAAUUAUACGCCUGAGCAACAGUCCAGCACUGCUGUGGGCAGUAAAUCAUUAACGUUGGCUUAAUGCCCAUUUAAAACCCCCCAAAUAAUAAGGCAUUUGACUACUUUACAAGGGAGAUAGCCACCCACAAGGUUACACAUGCUGUCACAGAAGCGACUAAUGGCAAAGAUAGGAGGUGCGUCCUCUACCUUUUCUAACUCUGAUUUAGCCAAUAGUGUCAAAUCUAAUGCAGACAGCUAUUGGGGAAUUGACUAAUUUAGUCAUGUUAAAUUGUAUUUUGAGUGGAACAUCCCUGUAAGCCUUGUCACUGACUGGCAACUCUUCCCCAGCUCGGAAGUCUGUGCGCCAGUCGACCAGCGAGCAUACGCGGAAGACCAACCUGCGACUGCAAGAAAGACAGGAUGCCCCACGACGGCGGAGGGGAGCCCACCACGACCGACCCCUGACCCAGGAAGAGUUGCUGGCUGAGGCCAAAAUAACUGCUGAGGUCAACCUCCGAUCACUGGGUAAGACUAAAGGGGGAAUCUCAAUAGUCAAGAGUUGCCAUGUUAAUUCCCAAUAAUGAUGAUGUGGUUCAAGUUCAACUAAGUUUACUGAUUCAUAACAUCACGGUCCAUAGCGGCCAUCAUAUAUAGGCACAGUGAAACAGUAACUAGAAACUGCAAAAAUACAAGGAAGUGCACACCGUAAUUGCAGAUGUUUAGACUACCUGAAUAGGGUUAGGGUUAGGAAAAAUACCUAGUGCUAAAAGACACAACACAUGGCUGUGCAUACUGAACAAUGUGAGAAAAUAUGUCCGUAGCUUGGCUAGGGUCGUGUUAAUUGACCAUUUCUGUAUGUUUUUAUUUUAAAGAGAACUACGAGCGUCUUGAGGCCGACAAGAAAAAACAGGUCCAUAAGAAGCGGCGAUUUGAGGGUCCCACCAUCCGCUACCACUCUGUCCUCAUGCCCCUGGUGCCCCACUCCAUCUUAAAAGAGGAAAAUGUGGAUGUGGAAGGGUAAGGAGACUCAUUUUUAAGGGUGUGAGUGUUUUGCUUUGCUGAAAAAAUAGGCAAAAUGUCUGCAUUGAGUUUCAGUAUUUUUUACAAGACAAUCUGGUUAACAUUUUUGGAGAAUGUAGCAAUGCUAUUAGAAACAGAUCAUUAAAACCAUUCCGGUAUCUGGAUAAAUGCAGGGCUGGCGGCAGACGGGCCUUUGAUUUCCAUAGGCGGGCACGUUUUUUCAAGGGACCUCCUGUGUGCACGCGCUUGCACAUCUGAAUCUGAAUCUGAAUUAAAAAUGAUACAAAUCUGAAAGUUAAAAUGCAACUAAGGCGAGAGCACCAGCCUCUGCCAUAUGGACACAUUGAUAGCCUACACUGUGAUCCAUUGGGGCUAAAGAAAUUGAACUCCGAGAUAGCCAAUGCAGCAGUAGGCCUAUAACUUCAAUCUUCAACUAAAUAAAAUACAUAAGCCUAAUGCCGAAAAAUAAAAACACAAAAAUAUCCUGAUGAAAAUUCGGAUUCUUUCAAAUAACAUGAUUCGCUCUGCUACGCCUGUCUGCCUAGAGUUUCCCGCACCAGUGAGCUCAGGACAGACUGUUUUUUGAAGUUUCCACUGGAAAUAGGGGAUCAUCAGAUGGUUUUCUUUCACAUCGAGGCUGGGAGAGUGUUGGAAAGAUUGUUCAAGUACUGCGAAGAACUGUUAUUAUUUGCAAAGGAUGUAAAAACAAAAAACUGACUUUGAUUACUUACUGUGUGAGGUGAAGAAAAAAUGGCUGAGAAGCUCAGCUUAUUAGUGGUGGACAUGGUGAGUGUCGUGGAAAUUCUAAUCAAUAAUGAGGAGAGACAAGGUCAAUCACCAAUCAGGAUAUUACUUUAUUCAAAACGUAUUAAUAACCCACACACGUGAAUGGAGUGAGUGCUCUGUAAUACUGAGGCUGGUCGACCCAACACUCUUGAGUGUUGGGCCGAGAGCUCUGACAUACAAAGAAUACAAAGAUAUUUUAUAGCAAAGAUACACCCUCUUAGUCUACAUGACAAACAGCAGAUGUGUGGAAUGGGUCAAAAGGUCAGACUGGAGACAUCUCCCUUUCACGCACCACUAAUCAUAGAAUGGAAUGUGGCUGUUGGUUUUAUCACCUAGCCAUCACUUAAUCAGUUGCCAGCCCAAGCUUCAGAUGCUCCUCUCGGUUCACACAGACACAGAUGAGAGUUCUAAGAACCCUAUUCUAUUGCAUAAAACAACCAUUUGAUGCAUAAAUAGUAUUAAACACAGUCUUGUAAUUUUUCUAUCACAUGAGUUAAGACAAUCGGAAAUCAGACAUCCCAAAUGGGCACUUUUCUACAUAUGCAAGCAGCAGGCCAGGGAGGCCUACUUCUGUGUGUUCAGGUACGCACGCUCCCGCUGUAUGUUCCUAGAGAGAAACCAGACACGUGCUCAUUGCUCACAUGAAGCACUCCAAACAAAACACAAUCAAAUAAAUUACAAAACUCGUAAAUGAUUGUUAUGAAAUUAACCAAAACUUGUUUCUCACAAGUGUAGCAGGUUGUGAACUCUGCAAACAACAUUUCCACUCCAAUAAUGAGAAUGGUAGGCUAAAUGACUGUAAUUAAUACAUGCAUUAACAGAAAUGAAUGUAACCAGAUGACGGAGGAUUAACUGUACAUUUACUAGACCUACUGGUGACGUAAUGGGGAAUUGAUAAAAAAUAUACAAAGAGCAAACAAUUGAAUGAGCAGGAUGAAUGAGUGAGCAGGAAUUGGCGUGAAACAGCUGAGCGCAUUCUGGAGAGCUGAGUGCAUGUAUUCUGGAGAAAGAAGUGCCAUAUCUUCGCAACGCACCCCUCCCCUUCAUGUUGCAACAUUAUCUUGACAUACAUUUUAGAUGCUUUUCACUGACAGCAGUAACUCAAUCAGCUAGGCCUAUUGCCACACUCGCUGCCCAAAUUGCAGAACUAUGCACUUGUGAUUUGAAACAAUCCACAGCUAUUUUUUUCAAAACAAUGAUCCUAAGCUAAGUCAUGCUCUGGUGAAUUAUUUUAUUUAGAUGGGUAAUUAUAUAGUUUUGGCAAAACAUCAAUUUACUUUAGGGGAAGCCAGCAUCUGAACUGUGCAAUCGACAACUUAUUCUUUCCAAUUCGCAUGAGGCUGAAACCAGAGAUCUGUAUAUAAUGACGAGAUGCACGUGUCCGUCCUGACAAUGGGAGUCAUUGUCACAAAGGCGGGAAGGCAGGCUACAAGUUUAGGUCUGCGUAAUAUGUCCAUAAAAACUCAUUGGGCUUAUUCUGUAAAGAUUUUGGUGAGUGAGCCCUUUCGCUUCGCCUCUUCCUCUCUGCUGAAACUAUCACCUGACAAAGCAUCCGAGCGAGCGAAACAGCGCCCCUCUGUCAUACUAUAUGUAGCCCAUGUAUCUGAUCCUGUCUGGCCAGAAAUAGUAUGACAUACCAUACUCUUUUUGUCCAGACAGCAUCAGAUACAUGGUCUACACAUACUGAGACAGAGGGGCGCUGUUUCGCUCACUUGGAUGCGUUAUAUGAGAUUGAUGCGUCUUUGUGUCGGCGAGAGUCUCGGACAAAUAAAUUAUCAAUAUUUCAAUAUUUUAUUUGGACGGGCAAGGAGGUACAGCCCCCUAAGGCCCGCCCAUAAUGCCUGCCCUGGAUAAAUGGUUAGAAAAUACAUCAUACACAAUAUUUUCUUCAAAAGUUUGCUUCAUUUUUAACGAUGCAUUUGAUGCAUUCUUUUGUGUGAAUUAGAGGUCUUCACGGGUCAAUCCAUACCCUAGACCCGACCUGGGACCCAAGAAACCUCGGCCAGGAGAAACUGUAAUCUAAGGUUCAGUGUUCUUUAAACAGCCACAACAAACUUCCACUAACUUUAGCCACCACUAGCAAAAAUAUGGAAGGGAUGGAGGCAUGCGGUACCAGUAAAAACUCAAUUAUUUGGUUGACGUUACUUAAUGGUGAUUUGGCAGUGAAAUUCUAUGUGACCGGUGAGUCACGGUAAUCUCUUAUGCACUCUAGACAUGUUAGAAGUACCCAACUCACUAAUGAUCACCAGGUCGCUAAUGGCCUGGUACUAAGGGCUCUAUUGUCCCUCUAACCAUUCUGACAUCAAUGCAAAUGCAAUCAAAAAUCACAUCAAACACUUAUCAAAACAGUACGUGCUUUUAAAACCCACCUCACUGUGAUUAAUCAAUUUGAAGAAAGAAGUUAAACAACCGGAAAACAUGGUCAUUGUGGAUGUUUCAAAGCCUAACACAACGAAAUAGACAGUGCUUUCUAAUGUGAUGAUUAAUUAACAACAACCAUAUGCAUAUUAAAGCUUAUGCAUAUGCAUAGGCCAAUAUGAGCCCAAGCCUGAGAGACCCCUGAAUUAAAAUAAUGGUGCCGUUACACAAUACAUAGCCUACUGCAUAUUACACAUGGAAGAAAAAAAUACAGAUUUAAGAUAUCUUUGGUACAUAAUUGGUCUAGCCUAAAUUAAACUAAUUCAGAGUUAGCCUACAAUUAUAGUGAAUUUGUAUUUGAUUUAGAAUAGCCUCGUAAUUGGGCUUUUUUAUUUUCAUAAUUAAUAGGCUGACACAUUACCUUUUUAGCUAAAGGUAAUCUCACCACUGUGCAUUUCCAUCUCCUCCUCUCUCUUUCAUUCCUUUCUCCAGUGCACAGAGAGAGGGGCUGUUAACAGUUUAAUGGAAUAUGUUUAGUUGUGAAAACAUUUUACUAUCGAUGUCCCCGAACAGAUUUCACUUGGUUUCCCAAAUUAAGCACUGAGUAGCUGCAGGAACAGGGUUGGAGAGCCCAUGGCAAACAGAGUUUGGGCAGAAUAUCACCUGUCGCACAGAGAAACAACUGGAGUAGCCUACCCGACAUGAGUAAAAUGAACCAGCGGAUAAAGUGGCCUCCUUUCGCUCUUCGAGUGCAUACGGAUUACAUGUCUUUUUUUCUUUUGCCCCUCUUCCUGCCCAUUUGAUAAUGGGCCAUUCUAAAUCUAAACUAAUUUUACAUAUUCGUAAAGGCAAUAUUAAAUUGAGAAUAGUCUGAUGGAUGAAAAUAUGAUCACUUGAUGAGAGGACAGCUUGCAGCCUGAGGCAAGGAACAGAGCGCAAGCUUUUUUUUGCGACUUUCUCAAAUGAUCAAUAGCCUAUAGUCAUGCAGCACAAAUAUCUUUUGAUUUCUAAGGUAUUCUAUUCUAUUCUAUGGUUUAUCAUUCACAGCUAAAGUUGCCAAAUAACUCUAAAACUAGCAUAUAGGACCUGUUUCAAAUGAUCACUUUUACGCUCAACGUCGCCACUUCAAAUAAUAUGCCAUUUAGCAGACACUUUUAUCCAAAGCGACUUACAGUGAUGUGUGCAUACAUUUUUGUGUAUGGGUGGUCCCGGGGAUCGAACCCACUACCCUGGCGUUACAAGCGCCGUGCUCUACCAGCUGAGCUACAGAAUGCGCACUCUCGCUCCAGAAUGUGAAAAAUAUCCUUUCUAUUUUAUUGAGCUAAGUUCAAUUAUCUUCUUACUAUAAAAUCAUAUAAUAUCAAAUAAAGGACUUAUUUGCAUAUCUUGUCAGCUACAUGAACAAGCGCAUGGCCUACCGUAUGGGCGGCAGGUAGCUUAGUGGGUAAGAGCGUUGUGCCAGUAACCGAAAGGUCGCUGGUUCUAAUCCCCGAGCCGACUAGGUGAAAAAUCUGUCGAUGUGCCCUUAAGCAAGGCACUUAACCCUAAUUGCUCCUGUAAGUCGCUCUGGAUAAGAGCGUCUGCUAAAUGACUAAAAUGUAAAUGUAAAUGUAAUGUUAUCUGGCUAACUCAUUAUAUUCUGUUCUUUAUGUUUCUUUAGACCUGCCUGAAAUAAAUACUGGAUUUAUUGUGAUGGUGUAUAUUCAAUUGAUUUAUUAGACAGCGGCUUAUAUACGGCUUGUAUGCAUGGAGCCCUGGAGAUGUUAAACGUGUUUAUGUUAAUUACCAGUCAAUUUCUGUGAGACCGGCAUGAUGACAACCGGCUGACAAAAUUUCAUGACCGCCACAGCCCUAACUGCAUACCUUAUUUCCAUUGAUUUUGGAACACCAUAUUUAGAAUGAAAAGCAACAUUGCUAUCUUAAAUCAAAAGAACACGCAGACAGGAUGCAGCAGCCGUUUUGCUGAAAUCAAGUUUGGAUGUGAAAAUAAUAUUGGAUGUAUUUUUUGUCUCAUUUGUUAUUUAUGCCCAAGUAGCCACUGUAUCCUAGGCUACUUGGCAAUGGGCACAGUCUAAACCUGGAGUAGAGUACAGCAUUGUUUACAAUAAAGCUAUUAUUGCCCUUUGUCGGUAGGCUGAUGUUUUAUUACAUAUUUAACCUUUAUUUAGCCAGGGAGUCUAUGUACCACUAACUCAAAUGUUUGUAUUUGUUUUUUUAAAGGUUAGACCAGGACACACCGCUGCCCGUUGCUGCUGUGGCACCAAGUCCCAUGCCUUCCCAGCAACCCUUGGGAGGUCUUUGCUCCCGCACUUACAUCACCUUUAGCGAUGAGGAGGCCUUUGAGGCUGCCUUCCCCCAGGCAGUGCGGACCGGCUCCCAGCCCCCCACCCAGGAAGUCUGUCCUGUCACCCACAAGGCUGCACUGUACAGAGACCCAGUUACAGACAUCCCCUAUGCCAACACACAAGCCUUUCGUAUUAUUCGUGAAGCCUACCGCAAAUAUGUGGCAGCUCAUGGAUUCCCCAACUCUUCCGGGGGUUUCUCUGUGGUUGAUGCCUCAGGUUCCAGGAGUGCACGCCAGAAAAUGGUCAAGCAGAGCACAGUUGCAAGGUAGAGGUUUCUCUCACAAGUCAUAUAUGGAAGAGUGAGUCUGUCCUUCAAUUUAGAGCCCCUCAUCUGUUCAAAGAUUUAAAGCUACAGUCUGGGAUUCAUCUUUCAGCAAAAUGGCAGCCCACUACUUGUUUUGGUGUACAGCUGAAUCAUGGGGCUACGGAAAUUCUUGUUUGUAAACAUUGGAGUAAUAGAAUUUACAUUUGGGAUAGAACGGGGUUUUCCAACCCUGUUCCUGGAGAGCUACUGUCCUGUAGGUAUUUGUGAAUAAAAUGUUCAAUAUUUUUCCUUUAACAUCCUGGGCCCUUUUUUGGCUGGCGCUAAGGAGGCGCAAGUGUCAAACGCACGUUAGUUUGCAAUUUCGUCAUGGAAAAACUGGCGCACUGGCAUUUUACAGACCUAACACCAGGUUUGGCAAUUUACCUGU